AUGGUUUGUCUUCAGUCGUUCACUCUUCUCUCGCUCGCUUCGAUAGCGGCUGCGCAAAAAUGCAAGAUUCAAUUUGAUGGGCGAGUCCCCUCCGGAACCGCCCUCAAGUCCUUCGACGCCGACAAUAAACUCUUCAAUUCUAAAAAUGUCUUUGGCAAAGGCCUAAGCUUCAGCAAGGUCCUGCAAAUGCCCAAGCAGGCCGGCUCGCUUUUUGACGGGGCCAAAAACGUUCCCACCGAGGUCACCAUUAACGACAAGUCAAUCUUUAAUAACCAGACUGGCUUCCGCCGCGCUGAGCUUGUUCCCGCCAGCAACUCGGGCACCGAUCCCUCCACCACCGGCGUCAAGACUCUCCACUUCAGCAUUGCAAAGGACCCCCAGCGGCUUCUCAACACCUCUCACGAGUACCAGAUGGCGUUCCUGGAAAGUAAUGACUUCAGCACGAACCAGGUGGUUCUCAAGACCGGGACCAUCCUCGGCGGAAAGACUGCGGAUCCCGAUACCCUCCAGCUCUUCGGCAACGUGAACACUAAGCCUUCGCCCCCGUUGUUGUUCACCACACCCUUCACUGCAGGCGUAACUCACAACUUUGCCAUGACUCUGGAUUUCAACGCCAACACGACGAAGGUGUUUUAUUCCACCGACAAAACCCCGCUCAAGCAGCAAGGCGAUGUGUUUCCGAAUGAGGUUGGCGGACAGGGCCAAUAUCAUUUCGGUCUCUUGAAGAAACCCGUCGGAGGCGAGGGCGACAUCACGAAGAACGGGUUCCAACCUGCUGGCAUCAACGAGGGAGUCAUCUUCAGCGGCAUCUUCCUGGAGGAUAGCGCUGACGGAUGCGUCAGCUUGUCACCAUAA